ACUAAAAGUGAACUCUGGCUCAUGGAAGGAUACAUUGGCGGAAGGCGAAAAGCAACAGCCGCAUCAGAUUCAGACAUCCUCGCUUAUAACAGUACAAGGAGGAAUCAGUAAUAAGGCCAGCGUGACCACAGCACAGCUACAAAGCGCCUUCAGUCGACGCAUCGCUGAGCAACAACAACAACAACAGCAGCAGAAGCAGCAGCUACAGCAACAACAGAGGGCAAAGAGCAAAAAACAGAUCGGCCAGCAGGCAGACAGCUCCACAAUUGCCGGCGGAAGCUUCAGCGCCAACGGUGGCCAGGCUACCGUUGGUGUUGGUGUCGGAGUCGGUGUUGGUGGGAGCGCGAGCAGCAGCAGCGAACGAGACACAAAGUCACCGAGACGCGAACAGCGAGAGGCGUCAACAGCCUGCAGUCACUCCGACGAGGAGGUAUUAACCGAAGAGGACCAGACCAGCAUCAGCGUGACUUCGAUAAGCGCUGGAAAUCCACGCAAUUCACAAUUGCGUUCCACCUUUAACAAAGCCAAGCAGCACUUGUCUUUUGACAAAUGGCGCACGGCUGCCUCCUCCAAUUCCCAUUCCAGUACAGUUUCCCACCCCUCCCAGCCGCAGGGCAGCCUGAAUGACACCCGGGACAGCAACAUGAUUAUGCGACGAGCAAGCGCCUGCACGAUGCCCACCUCAGGUGCAUCAGGUGCACAGCGCGAGGAUGCCAUCACUCCUGGUGAAUCGCCGGGUGGUCGUCUUUCGCGCUGGUUCUCAAUACGGCGAGGUUCAUCACAUCAGUACGAUGUCGGCGGACGGGAUGGUCGUCAGUUUUCGGGCUCCAGUAUUGAUAUACCGGAUGCGGCUGUCGCUGUCGGUGCCAAUACGACUACACUUAAGUCAUCAGCCACAGCGACUUUAACGCUGGAUGCCGCAUCACCUGAGAAGCUAGCCAACAAUCGAAGCGCUAGUAAUAUGAUGCCUGGCGUGCCUGAGUAUGAGGACGAUGAGAUUUCUGCACCGGGAAGCCACCGAUACGACAUGGACCUGAUGAUACCACCGGGCAGUAGGGCCAAUGCCACCGCGAGUAUCACUCAAGGUCGUCUAAAAGUGCCAAUGUUGCCACCGGCACCACCUGGACUAUCACAGCAGCAGCUCAAACGGCGACACAUUGUGGCUGCCAUCGUGCACAGCGAGAACUCGUACGUGGCCACAUUACAACGUCUAGUCAAUGAUUACAAAAAACCACUCGAGGAGUGCAGCCCACCAGUGUUAAAUUCGGCAAAGAUCGCUACUUUGUUUCAUUGCUUGCCAGACAUUCUUCACUCCCACAAAUUGUUUCGCAUCUCAUUGGCCGAAUGUGUGCGCAACUGGGAUCGGGAUGAGAAGAUUGGAGACUGUUUUGUGAGCGCCUUUGGCAAGCCACAAUUGCUGGAGAUUUAUUCGGGAUUCAUAAACAACUUUUCGGCCGCCAUGGAGCUGGCCAAAAUGGAAGAGAAACGCAAAUCGGCACUAGCCGAUUUCUUCAAGGUUAAACAGAUAAGCGCCCAUGAUCGUCUCUCAUUUUUCGGCCUAAUGGUGAAGCCGGUUCAGCGCUUUCCCCAAUUCAUACUCUUUCUGCAGGAUCUGCUAAAGUAUACGCCACAGGGCCAUCAUGAUCGAAUGUCCCUGCAGUUGGCACUCUCUCAGCUGGAGUUGCUUGCCGAGCUACUUAACGAAAACAAGCGUGAAGCGGAACAGUAUCAGGCAUUUAAGGAAAUGCUUGGUCAUAUAAGCGGCACCUUCAACACCCGCUCCCUUAACAAUUCAAGCGAUAGCAGUGGUAAUCGAGCCCGAUAUCUCCUGCGGGAGGAUAAUGUCACUCACAUGGAAUUCAAUCAGGCUGGUUUCAUAAUCAAAUGCAAACAGCGACGUCUGCUCCUGCUUAAUGAUAAGGUUAUCUGCGUGUCUGUUGCUCCCAAACAGUCGCAUGACUUUGGUGCAACCGAAAAGCUCACUUUCAAAUGGAUGUUCCCAGUGAAUGAUGUCGACAUCAUGGAUAACAGCACAUCGGCCACACUAUCCAGAAUAUUAACAGCAAGUUUAAAUCGUAUAGGAAGUCUCAAGUCCAAUAGCAGCACGGGAAACACUAGCGGCGGCUAUGCGAACUCAACCCUCUCUGGUCAUGGGCAACCUGGGGUCAGUGGCAUCGGACCAUAUACCCUCGGGGAUGCUCAUGGCUUGCCAGCCGCACAGUUAACGAACGGGGCGGAUAAUCUGUGCAAUGAAAUGAGCACACUAAUGUAUGACUAUGAGGUGAUCUCGCGAAUACACGACUUGGUUGGAAGCCUAAAAGGCAGCUACAAGGAGUUAAACUCGAAUACAACACGCAACGUGCUUAAUACGAUACAGGGCUCGAUACAACGUAAGGAUGAGGAAAUGGCCUGGGUGGACUCUUGCUGCUUGCAGCUAACUGUUCGCCACAAGUCCGGCAAGGAGGAGACCUUCACAUUCCAAACGCAAACGCCAAGUGUGAAAAAGGAAUGGAUUACUGAGUUGCGAUUGGCACAAUUGGCUCUCGAUCCAAACAAUUCACCGGCCUGGGAACGCUUUUCAACGUCGUCAGGAUCCCAACAACAUCAUUCGCAUUCGCACCACCAGCGUCCCAAUGCUCACAGUCCACAACAACUGUCGGCAAGUCUACAGUCAACGCUGCACACCUACGAGCAGCAACAGUUGCAGGAGGCCGUCCAGCAGAAGCAAUCUCGCAAAAUGCCCCUCUUUGUCAAGGCAAUGCCCGUCUACCGCUCACAGCAUCAAACGGAGGUGCGCUGUGGAUGCUACUAUAGCAUUGCCAAUGACACAAAACAGAGCGGAAAUGCGCGACGUCGCCAUAAGCAACUCAAUUACCUUUGGAUGUGCAGCAGCGAUGGCACUUCGUCUCAUAUUACCGUGCUAUCCCAGCAUCCGCAACAGGCGGGCAAUCUGCGCGAAGCUGGCGCCUUUGAUCUGGUGGAGACGCAAGUGACGGCACUAGAGUUUAUCAAGGGACUUGACCAGUGUCGGACACGGAAUGAGCCCAAUAGCCUAUUGGGUGAUCUUGUCUGGCUAGGUACGGAUAGUCGCAAGCUUCUAGUAUACUCGGCGCGUAAUCCAGAGCAGGAGGAAUAUCUGGGAAGCUAUGCAGUACCGGGCGCAGUGCAGCACAUUCUCUACCAUUUUGAUGCAGUCUACGUGUCACUCUCUAAUGCCAUAGUGCUGAUCUUUAGACGCGCUCAUGACGGCGUUUGGCAGUUGCGCGAUCCGCAGCAAGUUGCACUUGGUGAUAGCGGGAUGCCGGUGCCAAGUUUGUUGCCCAUCAAUAUGAAUAUAUACGCAUCGUGCGCCAAUCGCGUCUAUGUCCUUAAUGCCCUCAAUGGGGAACUGCAGCGCAGCUUUGAGGUCCAACAUGGCGCCAAUCAGCAAGUUAAUCUGAUGGCACAUUCGGGCAUUGGACUCUGGAUUUCCUUGAAAAACUCGACGAUGCUCUGUCUGUACCACACAGAGACAUUCAAGCACCUGCAAGACAUCAAUAUAGCAUCCAGCGUGCUGCGCAAUGACGGCAAGAAGGAGCAACCACUUAACAACAGCUCCAUCUACGUGACCGCCCUCAUGGCAUGUAAGGGACUGCUCUGGGUAGGCACUAAUGUGGGAAUUGCUGUUAUCAUACCGCUACCCCGCCUCGAGGGUGUGCCGAUCAUCAGUGGUGGCAUCAGUAUGUCCUGUCACGCUCACUUUGGCCCCAUCACGUUUUUCUUGCCGCUCAUACCGAAGGUUUAUUCGGCUUACAAGCCAACGGUCGGCGCAGCUGCGCUAUCUGCUCCACUAGUGAACACGGUUCCCAGCAUGGGCGAGGAUCUGCAGCUGCCUGCUAUCGAAUCAGAUCCCAAGAAGCUGUCUGAAACAGAUCUAGAUGAAAGUAUAGUCAUAUUACGCCGUGAUUUGCCCAAGGACGAUCACGGUUCAAUCUCUGUGUCGAACCCACCUGCCACCUGCCUGCUACGUGACCACCGAGAACUGAACUCCGAGGUCCCACCAGACUCCAUUACGGCAACAGCACUCCCGUUCACAUCCUCGCCGCGUAGCUCCAAGUUAGACAAGCAGCAUUCGCUAGACCAGAGUUUCACCGCCAAAAUACGCGCCUCACUGGCCAAUUCGCCUGCAUUUCAUCGCAAGCGCUUUCGAGAUUUAGGAGGAACCAGUGGUGGUGUUGGAUGUGAUGCCAGCUCACGUAUGUCUAAGACAUUACCACGAGGACUGGGCUCGGCCAUGACAGGCAUUGGAAGUGCGGGACUACAUUCAAACACAAGCACAUUGUCGCAACACGGAGGGGAACACGGUUACUGCGAUGUAUAUGGUCUCUAUGGUAAAUUGAUUUUCGUCAAGGAGGACUACGACGCUGAGGAGGGAACGCAGGGCAACCUCAUGGACAUGAUGUACGAGGGCAUGCGGCGUUCCGAUCCUGAGCUUGCCUCCAUACCCGGAAAGGUGUGCACUCUGGACCGGCGAUUACGCAUGAAAGCUGCUCGACCGCGUUCCUUGGACUUGUCGAACUGGUCAGUGGACUCAAAAUCGUCCAGCUUGUACACUUCGUCAGGCAGCGAGGAGAGUAUGGGAAUACGCCUCUUUGGGGGACGAUCCGUUUCACGCAACAGUAGCAGCGCCAGCCAUAAGACAUCCGGUACGGGCAGCGAUCUAGGCAACAUAUCUGAGAACGGUCUAAUGACCACCGCCGAUAUUCACCAGCAGCAGCAUCAGGCACACAGCACUCCAAAGUCUGAGGACGGAUUUAAAAUGAUGCAAACGCAGCCAGCUCCAUCCGAUAAGCAGCAAGCGGCACCAGCAGCUGUGGCAACCCUAAAACGGAAACAAAAACAAAACUCGAAACAACAGCAGCAGCUCAGUGCUGACGGACCGCGCACCGUAAUCACCUUAAUGGGAGGCCGCGGCUACUGGCGACAUGUGUGGUACAACAGCAGCGCCAGUUCGCCUAGCCACAAGAAUACUUUCGGCCCAAGCGGUGCUACUGGUCAAGGCAGCAGUUCUGGGACUUGCUCACCGCUGACGGCAAACUCAAACGAUGCCCAUAUUGUGGUCUGGGAGAAGAAGUUAUAAUCGCAGGAGUUGGUGUGCUGCUGUACGAUGCAGCAACACCCGCACCACCAUCCGCAUCAGCACCAUCCUUUGAUGGAGCUGUGGCGACGUGUUGAAGAGCAGCGGCAUGGACGUGUCCGCUUUCGAACGGAACGCAGAGCUGGUCUUGGCAACUCUCAUUGGCGGACGGAUGGUGAGAAAAUAGCUGCUGGCGGUGUGUUAAGCGCUAAACUUAAGCGACUGACUAAGCUAAAGCGGGGCGGAAGCUUAAUGCAGUUCUAGAUUAGCCUCAGGCAGAAAGAACCAUGAUACACUUUAUGAUAUCGGUCGCCAAAUGUAUAUUAUUAUUCUGCUCAUGUAUAUUUAAUAGUAUUAGGCUAAGAUUAAUUAUGAUCUUGUGGCGAACUAUUCUUUGUUGGAUGGAUAAACGAGAGUAGCUUCGAUAAUAAGUUUGUUUAUUCUUUUUUUUGCAUCAAAUGUAUUGCAUAUGAAUACAUACAUAUGUACAUGUACACUUGCAUACCUGUUGAACCCAACCAUUAAGCAAACAAAGAACUGCGCCUUAUUUAAACAAAUUUUUCUUGUCGCCUUAUGGGUGAAAGCCUUAGACGUAAGCCAAAUUUUUGUUUUAAAAUUUUAAUUUAUACAUAUAAUAUACAAUAUAUAUAUAUAAUAUAAUAUAAUUUUAUAUGAAUGUCUGUUACAUAUAUAAAAUGAAUAUCCAAAUACACAUGCUAUGUAUUUGUCAAUAAUAAUACUUUUUUGUGCAGAGAGUUGAAAUUAAAUAAAAAACAAAAAACAUCUGCAAAUCCAAUACGCAAAUAAUGUUCUGUGUACAACAGUUAUUAUGUAUACAACCUAAAAAUACAUUUAGCUCUAUUGAUAUAGAUAUACAAUACAUACAUAGAUCUACUAUAUGCAUAAUCGAUUUCAAUGUAUCAAUGAAAUCAUUUAUUAUCAUUUAUCUAUUUUUUUAUUUUUUUUUUGCUAAAAACUUACUUCUAAUAAGGGAUUGUCAUUUAUUUUGUUAAAAAAGUAACUGACACUCGAACCGCGCCAAUUAGAAUCUUGAAUAAAAUAUUAUUUAUCUAUCAAAAAACACAACCAAUUACAUACUAAGAUGUAUGUGUUUAUUUAUGAAUAAAAUUAUAUUCAUUUCUCGUA